GGAGGCGAUAGCCCGCCCCCACGAGCCGGGUAACACGGAAAAAAAAAGUUAUGUAUUUCGGUGGCGAUGAAAGUGGAAGAUGAGGAAUUUGUUGAACUUUUGGGGGUCGGGCGAGGAUCCGCAGGAUGGUGAGAUCUCGUCAGGGACGAGCGCAGGACUGGGUUCCUGGCUUUGGCAGUUGAUCGCUGGUAGCUCGGAGAAGCUUCAGUGUAACGUGCAGUGUUACGGUCGAGGAGACGUCCAUGAGAAGAUCGUGAAGGAGCUGGACAUCUCGCAGUGUGAAAAGCCAGGAGUUCCCUGUGUUCUGUUUGUCUACAAAGUGUCUUGUGUAAUUCAGGAUCUUCAGAAUGUCCUCCAGAGUGUCACAGGAGAGGGGAGAGCACGGAAGGAAGACAUUUGUGCCGUGAUUCUGUUGGUCAGCUGCAGAGAUGUGGCAGAGGAGAUGAAGAGAACAGAUCCAGAGUCAUUUCCAGAAGGAACAGAAAUUAUGGCCGUGACUAAUCCAGGGUUGCUCGAGGAUCCACAGGGCGAUGAGAUCCGGACAGUACCAUGGACGGUACUUCAUUCUUGGUUCUGGUACCUGUGGGACAGAUAUAUUAUAGACAGAAGCUCGGAGAAGCUUCAGUGUAACGUGCAGUGUUACGGUCGAGGAGACGUCCAUGAAAAGAGUGUGAAGGAGCUGAACAUCUCCUCAGGUGAAGGUCCAGAGAUUCCCUGUGUUCUGUUUGUCUUCAAAGUGUCUCGUGAAAUUGAGGAUCUUCGAAAUUCCUUACAGUGGGUCACAGAGAAACAAGGGUUGAAACGUAGAAACAUCUGUGCUGUGAUCCUGGUGGACAAGUGUUUGCAUAAGUGGAAAAUGCCGGUGGAAGUUAAUCACCAGGGAAUAUUUGAUACUGACACUGUUGUCGUGCGAAUUCUCUGGGAUUCCCCGGAGCAGAUUCACGAGGCGAUGGACAAAGUGAAGCAGAGCAUCAGGAGGUGGUGGGGGGACAACUGGACUGUGAUCCACACAGCAGAAACUUUGGAUAAUCUGUAUAAACCAGUGGAUGUUGCUUACCAGACAAUGCUUAAUCCUAAAACCGUGGUUGUGAGAAUGCUUUGGGAUUCACCGGAGAAGAUUCAGGAGCAGCCCUGCUACAAGAAAGCAGUAGACAAAGUCAAACAGAGCAUCAGGAUGUGGUGGGAUUAUUCAAAGGAUACAUCUGCGUUCACCACCCUGUAAUGGACCAGUGGUAGUUUCCCUGAAUCAGGUGUGUGUUCCUGACUGGACAGAAGUAAAUGUGAUGAUGUCAUUAACCCAUUUCAUCCAAUCAGCUGAUUCUCUGUUUCCCUGUUGUGGAAGAAAAUUAAGAAGAAAGUUCAAUUUUGUUUUCAAUUAUUGCUUAAGACUUUAGUCAUGAGGGUGACAGGAUUAGAUGCAGAUAGUGUCUUGCUUAUACAAUCUAACAAUAGCUAGAAAUAGAUCGUGCCAAUGAUGUGGUAUUGUUAUUUUUUUUUCCUGAAACUGUCUUGCUAGUAGAGGAACAGGCUGUAGAUGUGCAAUUCUAAUUUUGUGUUUCAUGUGGGAACAUUGGUAGACUUGCUGAUACCUUAGAAGUGCUUCUUGAAAUCGCUGGUAAAGUAUGUUUAGCUGUUGGCUAUUGCCCUAAAUCUACUGUAUAAAGUUAAGAUGUAAUCUGACAUUGAUGGGGUUGUAAGACAAUAGCUGCCCAUGGUCAUGUAUUAAAGGAUAACCUUAUACCAUGA